UUAAUAGAAACUACAUACAUAUACAUAUAUUAACAUAUGUAUGUAUAUUAGGAAUAUAAAUAUUGGGAAUAUUUCUUUACCUUCCCUUUUCUGAUCAUCGGCAUAUUCUCAAAGUGCUUAAACGAUUCUGGAUCUAGAAUCCUUCGGUACAUACAUAUGUUCAUAUAAGCUUUCAUUGGAGUGUACAAAUGUAUGAAAGUACAUAUGUACAUACAUAUGUCGUAUUGAGCUGUGAAAUAUUCCAAUUGUGCAUAUAAAAAUCGGUUGAUAUUCGUUUAACUCCUAACUCUAAUAUCGAUAUCUUGUCUCCAGUGCGCUCUAGUAAAACGAUUUUAACAAAUUAUGAAUAUAGAAUUGCCUUAUAUGGUGGAAUAUGCUAGAACUGGACGCGCGUCUUGCAAUGGCUGCAAAGGCUAUAUUCCAAAAGAUAACCUUCGUAUAGCUGUUAUGGUUCAAUCCGCCUUUCAUGAUGCAAAAGUACCGAAAUGGUUUCAUCAAACAUGCUUCUUUAAAAAACAACGUCCUAGGUCGGUUGAAGACAUCCAGAAUUUUGAAAACCUUCGUUUUAUUGAUCAAGAGGAAUUAAGGAAUGAUAUUGAAGAAGUUGUACAUAAAAUGUCAGGAAAUAAGCGAUCUAAGUCUUCAAACUUAGCAGUGAAAGACUUUGGAAUUGAGUAUGCCAAAUCUAGUCGAUCGACCUGUCGUGGAUGUGAGCAAAAAAUAAUGAAGGACGAAGUUCGGUUGCGUAAAACUGUAUAUGAUACUGAAGUUGGUAUGAGGUAUGGUGGCCAGCCAUUAUGGCAUCAUUUGGCUUGCUUUGCCCAAUUGCGUUCUGAUCUUGGCUGGCUUGAUUCUGGAGAAAAUAUGUCAGGCUUUACAAACUUAUCUAAUGAUGACCAAAUAGAAGUUCAAAAAGUCCUUCCAGAAAUAAAAUCAGAAGAAUUGCAAGAAGCAAAGAAAAUUAAACUUGAAUUAACGGAUAGAAGUAAAGAAAAUGAAAUAAUAAAACUUUUGAAAAAGCAAAAUGAUGACUUUUUUAAAUUUCGUGAUGAACUUAAAAAAAUAAUGAAAAAGAUUGAUAUAGAGAAACUUUUAACGUGGAACAAUCAACAGCCUAUAACUGGUAACGCGGAAAGGUUAUUGGAUCAAGCCGCAGACUUGCUGACCUUUGGUGCUAUUGAAUCAUGUUCUGAAUGCGGCAGCUCACAGUUUAUCUUUAAUAAAUCUGGAUAUAUGUGUAACGGAAAUAUAUCUGAGUGGAGCAAAUGUUCAAAAUUUUUAACCGAUCCGACCAGAUUAGCAUGCAAAGUUCCAAAAGAUCUUCAAAUAACAUAUACCUUCUUAAAUUUAGUACAAAAAAAACCAACUACACGAGUUUUCCGAAUUGCUCCCAGAGAAAAUAACUUUUGUAAAAAUGAAAUAACGAAGGAGAGCAGCGAAUUAAAUGGUCCGAAAAUUACACGUGCGAAGCUUCCGUUAUACAACCUUAAGUUUUCGAUUAUAGGUUUAAAAGAACAACAAAAACAGUUAAAAAACCGAAUAGAAAAAUUAGGCGGAAAUUUCGAAGCUAAAAUAUCUGGAAACACAAUAGCAAUAAUAUCAUCAGAAGCGGAAGUCAGAAAAAAAUCAAACCGAAUGGAGUCUGCACAGGAGUUGGGAGUACAUAUUGUGCCCAUUGAAUAUUUAGAUUUUGUGGAAUCUGACGCAGAAGGGGCUAUCAAAUAUAUAAAUAGCACAUCCAUUUGUAAUUGGGGAACAGAUCCAACGUUAAGAAUUCCAAAAGAUAUAACGAAAAGCUCAGAGUUAAAAAGUAUAUAUACCUUAUCGAUGCCAACAUCAAAGAUUUUUAAAGUGAAAGGUGGUCUGGCUGUUGAUCCUGAUAGUGGCCUUGAGGACAUUGCCCAUGUUUACGUGGAGGGAAAAAACAAAUACAAUACUGUGUUAGGAUUGACCGACAUUCAGCAAAAUAAAAACUCCUAUUACAAAUUGCAGCUCUUGGAAGGAGAUAAAAUGUCAAAAUAUUGGAUCUUCCGUUCUUGGGGUCGAAUAGGAACUAGUAUUGGAAGCUCAAAAGUUGAAGAGUUUUGCUCGAGUGACUUGGCCAAAAGGAAAUUUAAAGAAGUAUAUGCUGAUAAAACUGGAAAUGAAUUUGAAAAUCGUCAACAUUUCGUUAAAAUUACUGGUCGCAUGUACCCCAUAGAAAUUCAGUAUGAUGAUAGUCCCGAGAUGUUGAACCAAUGCGAAAAUUCCAUCGAAUCUAAGUUGGAGGAAUCUUUGCAAAAUUUAAUAAGAUUAAUGUUUGAUGUAGACUUAAUGAAAAGAACCUUGUUGGAAUUUCAUAUUGAUAUGGACAAAAUGCCUUUGGGAAAGCUUAGUGCACACCAGAUUCAAUCUGCAUAUAGUGUGGUAACUGAACUUUUUAAGUUGAUAGAAUCCAGAUCCACUGUUGCAAGUCUUAUUGACGCAACAAAUAGGUUUUAUACAUUAAUUCCUCACAACUUUGGGGUUCAAUCUCCAAAAUUAAUUAAAACACAUAAACAAAUUGAAGACUUGCGACAAAUGCUUGAUUCGUUAGCUGAGAUCGAGAUAGCAUGCAGCUUAAUCCAAAGGGAAGAUGCAGCUGAUAAGAUUAAUCCUUUGGACAAGCAUUAUGCAGAGUUAAAAACUCAGUUAGAUCCAUUAAAUAAAAAUAGUGAAGAGUAUUCUAUUCUUAGCAAGUAUGUUAAAAAUACUCAUGCUUCUACCCAUGGCUCUUACGAUUUAGAAAUUGUGGAUGUGUUUAAAGUGGCUCGCCAAGGAGAAGCAAGGCGUUAUAAACCUUUUAAGAAGCUACAUAAUAGAAAAUUAUUAUGGCACGGAUCUCGUUUAACUAAUUAUAUUGGAAUAUUAUCCCACGGCUUAAAAAUAGCUCCUCCAGAAGCCCCACCGACCGGUUAUAUGUUUGGAAAAGGCAUUUAUUUUGCUGAUAUGGUAUCGAAAUCAGCAAAUUAUUGUUGUACAAGUCAAAAAAACUCAACUGGAUUAAUGCUUCUUUCUGAAGUUGCAUUGGGUGAUAUGUUGGAAUGUACUGAAGCAGAGUAUGUCACAAAACUACCAAAGGACAAACAUAGUUGCUUUGGUCAAGGACGCACGAUGCCAGAUCCGAAAAUGAGUUAUGUGAGAAAAGAUGGAGUCGAGAUACCAUUUGGAAAAUCAGUUACUAAUGCAAAUUUUAAGUCGACUUUAUUAUAUAAUGAGUACAUAGUAUAUGAUGUUGCGCAGGUUAAUCUUCAGUACUUGUUUGUUAUGAAAUUUAAUUAUAAAUAUUAAAGCACAUAUAAAUCCACAUUUUUAAUUAUAAACUAAAGAAUAAAUAAAUUAUUAAUGAAUUUGGAUUCCUAAAAUAUAAUGUAGUUCAACUGCUUAAACUACAAAACUCAGGUUUGUUUAUAAAUUUACUUACGCUUAAAAACUAGAAAUACAACCAAGAAUAAACGCAAUAGUCCAGUUCCGCGACUAUAAGAUA